UCCUUAAACUGAGUUCCCCUCCAGCCCCGAGCCGGGAGCAGCUCUCAGUACCGGGUGAAGCACAGAUCGCUUGAGCUAUUUCAGCCACAUGAAAAGCAUCGGAACCGAGAUCACAGCUCAGAGGACACCCGGCGUCCCUUCCACUCUCUGAGGAGACUUGUAUCCUUGUACCUGGCUGCCUGGGACUUUCCUCAGGCAGGAAACAAGUACAUAAAGCAGGGAUAAGACCGCGUCAAUAUGUCGAAACAGCCAGUUUCCAAUGUCAGAGCCAUCCAGGCAAAUAUCAAUAUCCCAAUGGGAGCCUUUCGGCCAGGAGCUGGGCAACCCCCCAGAAGAAAAGAAUGUACUCCGGAAAUGGAGGAGGGUGCUCCUCCCACUUCGGAAGAGGAGAAGAAGCCAAUUCCAGGAGCUAAGAAACUUCCAGGACCUGCGGUCAACCUAUCGGAGAUCCAGAACAUUAAAAGUGAACUGAAGUAUGUCCCCAAAGCUGAACAGUAGUUGGAAGAAAAAAGUGAACUUGAUGUGAAGAAUUGAAGAGUAAGAGAAUGGAUUCAAACAAAAAUGGCUCACUAAAAAGUUUUAUAUAUUUGUAUGAAGAUUAUGUACCUCCUGAAUGCCUAAGACUCUAGCAGAAAUGUCCUGUUUGUACAUUUAUAUCUCUUCCUUCUAGCUGGCUGCACUACUUACUUUAUCUUCACAUUUGGCAACUUGCAGAGCAAAUCGGCUCCAGAAUUUACCACUUGGAGGGUGUGGUUUUGAGAAGGGAUAUGAUUUUAUGGAGAAGGAUACAAUGAUAUGCAUAACAGUGAUUUUGAUGGAAAGUUCUCUAAGCUACUUCCCACACUAUUUUAGUCAAUAUUUGGAAUGUAUUUGAGUUCUUCACCUUCUAAAUUAUACCAAUAAACUUUUUAUGAGUUCAAAUAAAUAUUUGAGUAAAUGUAAAA